UUAUAUAAGUAUAAUCUUGAUUUCGUUUUUUAGCUCUCUCUGAAGUCUGAACUGAACGUACAUCUCGCAAGAAGCAACCAUCUUCUCCGGCGAGCGAUGGGUUGCUGUUUUUCAGCUCCGGUUGAAAACCACAGCUCCGGCGUGGUGGAGCCGCCAAGUCAUGAAGCUGAUAGGAAUAACAUAAAUCGAGAUCCUCAAAUUAGAGUAGCGACGGCGGCGAUGGUGGCCGGAGGAGAAGAAGAAGAGGUGGCGGCGAAUUUGAAGGUAUUUACUCUGUCGGAGCUGAGAAUCGCGACCAGGAACUUCCGACCGGAUUCGGUUCUGGGAGAAGGAGGAUUCGGAACUGUUUUCAAAGGUUGGAUCGACGAGAAGACGCUGGCGCCGUCCAAGGUUAAUGUCGGAAUUCCUGUCGCCGUUAAGAAGUCAAAUCCCGACAGCCAACAGGGUCUCCGGGAGUGGAAGGCAGAGGUAGAAUUCUUAGGUAAAUUUAAGCAUCCAAAUUUAGUGAAGCUGGUGGGUUAUUGUUGGGAAGACAAUCAACUUCUUCUUGUGUAUGAAUACAUGCACAAAGGAAGCUUGGAGGCUAAUCUCUUCUCAUCUAAAGAAGCGCAUUUUCUAACAUGGGAGACGAGGCUUAAAAUCGCGAUAGGAGCCGCUAAUGGGCUUGUUUUCUUGCACAACACCGAGAAGAAAGUCAUUUACCGCGACUUUAAGGCUUCUAAUAUAUUGCUUGACUCGGAUUUUGGUGCAAAGCUUUCUGAUUUCGGGCUGGCUAAGGAUGGCCCCAUAAACGGGAAUUCACAUGUUUCGACUCGCAUUGUUGGAACAUACGGUUAUGCUGCACCCGAGUAUGUGGCCACGGGUCACUUGUACAUAAAGAGCGAUGUUUACUGUUUCGGAGUGGUGGUGUUAGAAUUGUUGACGGGACAGCGAGUGGUGGACGUGAAGAGGCCGGCGCAACAGAGUAAUUUGGUAGAGUGGGCGAAACCGAUAUUACAAGAUAAAAAGAAGUUGAAGAGAAUAAUCGACCCGCGUUUGGAGAAACAAUUUCCGGUAAAAGCGGUUAUUAAAACAGCUGAGCUAAUAACUAGUUGCUUAGAAAAUGAUCCUAGGAAUAGGCCAACCAUGGAUCAAGUCUUACAAAUUCUUCAUAACAUCAUCGCAAUCAAAAUGCCCCCAUCCUCAUCCUAGAGACUCCUCCUCCACCAAAAGGAUCAUCCCCAUUUAUAAUUUUUGUAAAUUAAUUAAUCCAUUCCAUUUCUAUAAACAAAAACAUAUCAAUAAAUUCAUUAAUGCUCAAUUGUUCUAUAGUAUUAUUGCGUUAUUGAUUAGGUA